AUGGACCCCCUUCGAUGUAUACAGCCUCUUCUUUUUCGUUAUGUAAGGCAUAGAGUUUCUCAUUUCUACUCGCUUACCUUCUCUCUUUAUUGGCCAUGGAGCAGAAUGUCUCGAGUUUUGAUAAUUCUUUAUCUCUUAUUCUUUAUAUCAGUUCAUCUUUCUUUCUUUCUGACAUAUUUUUGCUCGCUCUUCGCUUUCCAGCCCACACCAUAUUGUCUUCUCAUUGACAUAUUUUCUCUUCUCUCUCUCUCUCUCAUGUACCCACGUCAGUUUCCAUUCCCCCUCACCCCCCACGCGCGCUCUCUCUCACUAAUUGUUUCGUCCUCACCGUCGCCCGUCCGCGCUAUGCUGGAUGCUAUUUCCCAGCGUUUCCGUCGGUGCUCCUCUUCUCCCAAAGCCAAAACGUUCGCCUCUGCUUUUGCCCGAUUAUCGCUGGCGAGCGAAUCACCAUUCUAUUUUCCUUGA